AACUGAAGCAGUUGCCCAGUUCCAAGCUGGCAAUCGAGCGAAACACAAUGCGAACAUUGGCGAAGCGGAACAUUUUAUCGCUGCUGCUGGGGCUGCACUUGGUCGUCGCCUCGCUGACCUUGGAGCAGCUGCAAUCGGAAUUGCAAUUGGAAUCGGAGUCGGGGUCGGAAACAUCGUCGUCGCAUCGUCGCGUGAAGCGCAUUGUGGGUGGCAAAAGUGCAAAGCCACCGCCCGUUGAUGAUCCGGUUGUAUUUGCACGCGUCUUCAAUCGCGAUACCCGGAUUGAGGGCUACCGGAAUCCCAACACGGGCAUCUACAGCUUUUUGGGCAUACACUACGCUGAGCCGCCGGUGGGUGAGCUGCGAUAUUCGCGUCCCGUCUACAAGCGCCUAAGCGGGGAUAUAAAUGCCACUCGGCAUGGCUCACCCUGCAUACAGCCGCAUCCGCAGCAGCCGAGGCGCAUCAUCGGCGAUGAGAAUUGCCUGCUGGUGAACGUGUACACGCCGCAGAUGCCGGAUGAGACGACGGGAUUGCCGGUAUUUGUAUGGAUACAUCCGGGUGGCUUUCGUUACGGUUCCGCUGCUCAAUACGAUGCCACGCCCAUGGCCCAACAGGGCGCUAUUGUCGUGGCACCUCAGUAUCGACUCGGCUCGCUGGGCAUCUUGGGCGAUGGCACCAAGGAGUUUGACGGAAAUCUGGCCAUGUUCGAUCUGGCUGCCGCGUUGCGUUGGGUCACCGACUAUAUCGCCAACUUUGGCGGCAAUCCCAAGCAGGUGCAGGCCAUUGGACAUGGUUCUGGCGCCGCCAGUGCCAUGUACUUGUCCAUGUCGCGGGCGGCGCGCAGCGGUGGAGAUGUCCACGGUGUAGUGGCCAUGUCGGGCACAGCCUUGUCGCAGUAUGCCAUGGAUCAGGAGCCGGUGCAGAGUGUGCAGGAGGUGGCCAAGAUCAACAACUGUCCCACUGGCAAUGAACUGGAAAUUGUUAACUGUAUGCGAGCGAAAUCCGCUGAGGAGAUCAUUCAGAACGAUGCCAAGGUGCAAACGGAGCGUCUGGCAGGGCGAGCUUUGGUCAAGGGUCUUACUGGCAACACGGGCUUCCAGCCACACAUCGAGGCGGAGGACGAUUACCGUUCGUUGCCCAGUUUGCUGAUCGGUGAGCCGGAGCAGCAACUGCGCAGCGGCAACUACACGGGCAUACCGCUGCUGACGGGCGUGACCAAGCACGAGACGGCCAACUCUGUGACGGUGGAUACGUUGAAUAAGGUUUUCGGUUCGGUCGAGCAGUUUCUGGGCUCGCUGCAGGGCGCACUGAAGCAGCUGACCGGCUUCCUGCGCAUCGAUAAGCUGACUGGUGACAUUGCCAAGCCGGUGCUGCCGGGUCUGACCAACGUGUUGACGCCCACGCUGCAGGAUGUGUGGAAGGUGCCGCAAGCACUGAACCUGGAUCAGGUGCUGGCCAAGGUGGUGGAGUCCACCACAGACGUGCUGUUCAAUUUGCCCGCGGUGCUGACCACACAGGUGUGGUCCAAACUGGCGCCCGCCUACAUGUACAGCUUCGAGUACAAUGGCACCAAGUCGAAGGGAAUUAACUUUUUGCGUGGUCUGCCCAUUGUGUCGGAGCAGGCGCAGGAUAAGCCGGAGCUGGUGGCCCAUGGCGAUGAGCUAGGCUACAUGUUCGAUGCGAAUGAUAUAUUCGGCGAGCCGUUGCCGGAGACGCGUCUCACCAGCGACGAUGAUCUGCUGGUGCGCAAGAAUCUCAUCGAUAUGCUGCUGCAGUUCGCCAAGCAGGGUGAGAAGAAGGACGGCGCUGUGACCUCCAAGCUGUUCCAGAGCAUCACGGGCGGCGGCACGCCCUUCAUCAAGGUGGAUACCCAACUGGAGGCGGCCUCCGAUUUCCGCUUCUGUGAGCUGUCCGUGCUGGGCGCCUCGCUGUCACCGCUUACCUCCACGAGCUGCGCCGCGCUGGGCGGACUGCUGGGCCAGCUGGCUGGCGGCGUGGGACAGACGGUGGGCGGCGUGGGACAGACGGUGGGCGGCGUGGGAAAUAAGCUGGGCCUGGGCGGCGUAGGACAAACCCUAGGCCUGGGCGGCGGCAACAACAACAACAACAGACGUGGCGGAGGCUUGGGCUUGGGCUUGCUCUAAGUUUUUCAUGUAUAUCUGGUUUGGGUUGGGGGCGCGGCCGUAUUGCAUAUUGAAUAAAGCCGUCGGUAUUGAUAUAA